AUGCUUUUCCGUUCAAUAGUUGACAAUUGCAUCGGCAGACAAAGGCAGAAUGCGUUACCUGCACAUCCCUGGACCAAGUACCCUCUGAGCUCCCUUCUCAAAGGCUACCAGUGUGUUUGCCAUGAUGAACACAUCUCCUAUGGGAACCUCGGCGACUCGGUGCCCCCAUUUGGAUUAUCUUUCUCCUCCGCAAGGGAGAUUCGGGAUGUUCUGGCUGUGGCAAAUGAAGAAGGAAUUGUUAGGCUUUACAACACAGAGGGACGAGGAAACCUACUUCUGAAAGAAUGGCUGGCUCAUGAGAAUGCCGUCUUUGACAUAGCAUGGGUGCCAGGGGAGUCUCAAUUGGUGACUGCUGCAGGCGACCAGAUGGCCAGGUUGUGGGAUGUGAAGUCAGGCGAGCUGUUAGGUAGCUUCAAGGGCCACCUCUGCAGCCUCAAAUCUGUUGCAUUCGCUUCAGAGGACAAAGCUGUGUUCUGUACCGGUGCAAGAGAUGGAAAUAUUUUGGUGUGGGAUACCAGAUGCAGCAAAAAAGAUGGUUUCUACAAACCGAUGAAACAAAUCCAGGGUGCUCAUAACAAAGCAGAGACAAACCCCCCAUCUAAAACAAAGAAGAGAAGACUCAGCACCCGUGGCAUGGCUCCCAGUGUUGACACCCAGCAGAGUGUCACUGUGGUUUUAUUUCAAGAUCAGCACACUCUCAUUUCCUCGGGAGCAGUUGAUGGAGUUGUUAAAAUGUGGGACCUGAGGAAAAACUACACUGCACACCAUCACGAUCCUGUAGCCCUGCAGACAUACCCAUAUCCUGGUUCUUCAAUGCGCAUGCGUCUUGGUUAUUCUGGGCUUGUCCUGGACUCCACAAGGUCUAACAUCAUGUGCAACUGUACCGAUGAUAACAUUUACAUGUUCAAUGUCAGUGGGAUAAAAACUACACCAGAGGCAAUGUUCAAUGGCCACCAAAACUCAUCUUUUUACAUCAAGUCCACAAUUAGCCCAGAUGACCAGUUCUUGGCCAGUGGUUCAAGUGACAAUCACACAUACAUCUGGAAGAUCUCUGAUCCCAUGCUUCCUCCCAUGACACUUCAAGGCCACAGUGAAGAAGUGACAUCUGUUGCAUGGUGCCCAACAGACUUCACGAAGAUUGCUUCCUGCUCUGAUGACCACACUGUACGCAUCUGGCGCCUUCAUCGUGAAAUGGACGGCGCACAGUCGUCAGUGGGAGAGGCCAAUCUCGUUGGCUGGGCACGGCCUAAGAGUCCACACAAACCUUCAAACAACUCUGAGUCAACCCCUGCUAAGGACCAGAGAGCCGAGAGCAUCGCAGGGCUGGCCUCUCCGCGUCUCGCUGCUUGUGCUCCGAAUGUGGCUGCCUUGCCUCUACCCUCCAGCACUACAUCACCUGUCCAGUCUCAGCGACCCAAAGCCUCUAAUUGUCAAAGAACCCCACAUUCCAUCAAAUCAUGGCUAUCCCCGAGACAAGGAUCUCCAAACCAGAAAAGCCCUCUCCUGCGUAAGGUUCUGAGUCCGUGUCCACAGAGCCCGGAGGACUGCACCUCUCCUACGCCACCACGAGCCAAACGCAGGCUGGAGACUGCCAACAGUUCAUCUGAUGAAUGUGAGGGCACAAAGCAGUGCGAUUGUGUCUCAGAACUGUAUCCUGUUGCCAAAAGGAACCGGGCCCAGUCAGGCAUCUGCUGCCCAGCUCAGGAGGGUCUGCUACAGACAGACAAUCAUAUUGAGGAAGGGAGAGCAUCAUCAAAACAGACUGGCAAAGAAAACUUCACCCCUCAAGUGACAGACUGGCUGUCAGUGAUGGGCCAAAAGAUGAGAGGAAGCUCAAGUAGCCCCCGAAGCCCCAGUGCUGCCAAGAAACAAGCAGGCAAGACGCCAACUUCACCGACUUUGAGCUCGCCACAGAACAUGAAAAAAAUCUCCUCCUAUUUCACAAGGAGACCCACAGAGUGACCUACGGAGACUCUUUAGAAUCCAUUAGUUUCUGUUUGAGAUGCUGUAUUAAAAGGUGAUUUUAACAGGAGACUACAAACUGCUUUGUACUGUAACAUCUGUACUGUACUGUAACAUCACUCAUUCGUUUAACUUGAUAUGU